GGUAAAUGAGAAGGCAAAAUAGUUCGUAAGUUACAGCUUAGCUUCAGGCAUAUUGGUUACUAACUUAACACAUGUGAAACAACAUCGAAUAGGACAGCAAUUAGUAGGAGCUGUAAACCCCGGCAAGAUAACAGAGCAGACUCUCAGAGGCGAGCACAAUUAACACGAUGUAAAGAUAAAGAAAAAUAAUUUAAAGAACACGAAUUUGGGAUACUUAAAUUAGUAGGAUAUAAACUAUAACUUAUUCUGGAUUAAAAUUGAAGACGCGAAUGGACAGAUAAGUAAAGUUCUGUAUUUGACUCAAUCAAUACAUUUACUCGGUGUUAAUGAGGGGUUAAUAAUUAAAAACGUCUGGUAAAAUAUAUAGGCCUAUACAGACACUGCCGAUAUGGGUCAAAGAAAAUGGAACAUGCCGUUUUUGACUAUAAUUCUAACUUACUGUAUUUGUGUUAUCUCAAUUGAUGGAUUUGAAAGUCCAUUUUUGAACGCUUUUUCUUCUCAACAAAGCCCCCCGGACCCAUGCUACGACGAAAUUGGGGAGCCGCGAAGAUGUACGCCAGAUUUCGAAAAUGCGGCAUUUACCAAGGAGGUAGUCGCGUCCAGUACGUGUGGAUCCCCUCCAAGUCGUUACUGUAAACUAAAAGCCACCAACGACAAAGGUGGAGAUGUUGUACGUAGUUGUUACGUCUGUGAUGCCAACCAUCCGAAGAGACGCCAUCCCCCUUCAUAUCUCACCGACUUGAACAAUCCUAGCAAUCUAACGUGCUGGAUGUCGGAGCCAUUUACUGCAUCGCCCGAAAACGUCACCCUAAAAUUGUCUCUUGGAAAGAAAUAUGAGUUGACUUAUGUCAGCUUGCAAUUUUGUUCAGCACGACCUGACUCUAUGGCGAUCUACAAAAGCAUAGACUAUGGAAAAACAUGGAUUCCGUUCCAGUUCUAUUCCAGUAAUUGUAAAAAGAUGUACCACCGCAACCCCCAGGGGAAGAUCACGAAAGCCAACGAGCAAGAAGCUUUGUGUACGGACAGCUACAGUAACAUUGACCCCCACAGUCAAGGCAGAGUGGCCUACAGCACUCUUGAAGGACGGCCUUCGGCCAGUGAGUUUGACAACAGCCCCGUGCUCCAGGACUGGGUGACAGCCACUGAUGUAAUGAUUGUCUUCAACCGACUACACACGGAUGAGAACUCUGCCGACAAGUCAAAAGAAGUGCUGGAUAGUUACUAUUACGCACUUUCUGACUUUGCAGUUGGGGGACGAUGUAGAUGCAAUGGUCAUGCCUCCAGAUGCAUCAAGAACGACAGGGACAACCGCCUCGUCUGUGACUGUAAGCACAAUACCGCCGGCUACGAUUGCGAACGCUGCAAGCCAUUCCACUUUGACCGUCCCUGGGCCAGAGCUACUUUAAGAGAGGCUAAUGAGUGCAUAGCGUGCAACUGUAAUCUUCAUGCUAGAAAAUGUCGCUUUAACAUGGAACUAUUUAAGCUCUCAGGCCGAGAAAGUGGUGGUGUAUGUGUUAACUGUCGCCACAAUACUGCUGGCCGAAUGUGCCACUAUUGCAAAGAUGGAUUUUUCCGAGACCCAGCAAAGCCUAUCACACAUCGCAAGGCAUGUAAAGCAUGUGAAUGUCAUCCAGUUGGGGCAUUAGGGAAACUGGCAUGCAACCAAACCACUGGACAGUGUCUCUGCAAGGAUGGAGUUACAGGGCUUACAUGCAACAGAUGUGCAAAGGGAUAUUCACAAAGUCGGUCACCCAUAGCUCCAUGUGUCAAAGUGCCAACCAAGACAGGACCAUCUACAGACCCCCCUGAAAAAUGUGGAAACUGUAAAUCAAACAGCAGACGAGUGAACAAGAAGAAAUACUGUAGAAGAGACUAUGCUUUCCAAGCACAUGUUAUUCAUCGUGAAAUGGUAGAUGAUUGGGCAAAAUUCACAGUUAACAUAAUCAGUGUCUACAAAUCAUACAAACGUGGACAACAACGUAUUAAGCGUGGAGAGCUUGCAUUAUGGGUACCACAACAUGACUUAGCAUGCAAAUGUCCCAAGAUUCGUCUUGGACGACGAUAUUUGAUUUUAUCACAAGAUAAUACGGAGCAAAGGAGGAGUGGCUUGACCUUGGACCGCAGAAGCAUAGUAAUUCAAUGGAAAGAUGACUGGGCAAGAAGGUUAAAAAAGUACCAGAAAUAUGAAAGAAAGGGAAAAUGCAACUGAGAAACAUUUUAAAAUUCAUACUCUGCCAUGACCAACUAAUAUGGUGUUAUUGACUGAUGAAUAUUAUCUGUAGAAAACUGUGAUAAGCACUGAAAAAAAUUGUAUAAUAAUGUUGUGUUCUAGCACGCAGACACCAUAUAACAUGAUGAGAAACUGAAGAUGUAUGUUUUGUAUAAGGUUAUUGUAAGUAUAGAGAUAUUUAUCGAAGUUCUAACCUAGCUGGUUUCUCACUGUGUUAUUUGGAGUCUGGCGCAGAUGGAUACAGAAUCUCAAAGUGUACAGAGCGACAUGGCAGAUGCUCCAAUCAUCUUGAAAUAAGGUAGCAGCCAAUCAAAGAAGAUACAGAUGUGCCUAUACCUUCUUUCAAGAUGAACAUUGGAAUAUAAAUAAUCUACAGAUUCAUUUUAAUCAUUUAUUAUUGGAAGUACGAAAUGGUUACUUCUUAAUGGUAAAAUGGAGAUCAUGGAGUUGAACAUACAAUCACAAUGGCAUUAACUAGUAGUUUUGAAUGCUAGUAUUCUGCCCUGCAGUGGUUGCAACAUGCAGUUCACAUAUAUUGGUUCAUUUUAUACAUGGUCCAAUUGAUCUGCCAUAUUUAUGAAGCUGUACAUGUAUUUCACCUUUGCACUUGCCUGAGGUAUUUGUAUGGUUAUGAUUUGACAGUUUUUCAUUGAUCUUAAACAUAUGCCUUCAUGGGUGAAUGGUUUAUUAAAGAAAAGAAGCGCAUGUAGAAAAGUGCAAGAUCAGCAAAAGAUGUUAAAUUAAAAAGGUGAUAAAAAUGACCAAUUGGAAAAUUGAAUGUCAACUUACUAAGAAUAUUUAAUGAAUGUUGGGGCCAUCUCCUCAAAUAAUUUUUUAAUUUUUAUAUUCUAACAAUUUUUCUUAUCUCUUUGUCUCCUCAAAUUGUUCACUCAAGUUGAUAAAAACAAUAAAAUUUACAUCUUAGUUAUACCAAUAUUGGUUAAAGAAUCGAUGCAUAUAUGUUUAAAAAUGUCCAUGAAAUGUUUCAAGGAUUUAAUGAAAAUGAACCAUGAUUUUCAUCUUGUAUCCCACGACGACAGGUUUAAUGAAUCUCUUGGUAGAAUCUCAGUUUCAGAAGUUUGCCUAUUAUCAUAUUUUUCAAAAACAUUUAACAAUACAAUUGUUGCAACCAAAAUGUAA